AUCAAAGAACUAACUAGGAAAUAUGUUGUCCGCUGUUCGUAACUUGAAGACCCGUGGUAUCUCCGCUACCCGUGGUUUGUCCACCAUCAACUUUGACUCCAAGGUCAACAUGAACUUGUUGGAAUCCGACACCUUCAUCAACUACAAGUCCCAAUUGGAGAACUUGAAGGUCGUCAAGGCCAGAUUGGGCCGUCCAUUGACCUACGCCGAGAAGGUGCUUUACGCCCACUUGGACAACCCACACGAGCAAGAAAUCGAACGUGGUGUUUCAUACUUGAAGUUACGCCCAGAUCGUGUUGCCUGUCAGGAUGCCACCGCCCAGAUGGCCAUUUUACAGUUCAUGUCUGCCGGUAUGCCAUCCGUCGCCACCCCAUCCACCGUCCACUGUGACCACUUGAUCCAGGCCCAGGUUGGUGGUGCUAAGGAUUUGAAGAGAGCCGUUGACUUGAACAGAGAGGUCUACGACUUCUUGGCCUCUGCCUGUGCCAAGUACAACUUGGGUUUCUGGAAGCCAGGUUCCGGUAUUAUCCACCAGAUUGUCUUGGAAAACUACGCUUUCCCAGGUCAGUUGUUGAUCGGUACCGACUCCCACACGCCAAACGCCGGUGGUUUGGGUCAAUUGGCUAUCGGUGUCGGUGGUGCUGACGCCGUCGAUGUCAUGGCCAACUUGGCUUGGGAAUUGAAGGCUCCAAAGAUUAUCGGUGUCAAGUUGACCGGUAGAAUGAACGGCUGGACUUCUCCAAAGGAUAUUAUCUUGAAGCUCGCUGGUAUUACCACCGUCAAGGGUGGUACCGGUGCCAUUGUCGAAUACUUUGGUGACGGUAUCGACACCUUCUCCUGUACCGGUAUGGCCACCAUCUGUAACAUGGGUGCCGAAAUUGGUGCCACCACCUCGGUUUUCCCAUUCAACAACUCCAUGGUUGAGUACUUGAACGCCACUGGCCGUUCCCAGAUUGCUGAGUUCGCCCAGGUCUACAAAAAGGACUACCUUUCGGCCGAUGCGGGUGCCGAGUACGACCAGGUCAUUGAAAUUGACUUGAACACCUUGGAGCCACACGUGAACGGUCCAUUCACUCCAGAUUUGGCCACCCCAGUCUCCAAGAUGAGAGAAACCGCCAUUGCUAACGACUGGCCAUUGGACAUUAGAGUCGGUUUGAUCGGUUCUUGUACCAACUCUUCUUACGAAGACAUGUCCAGAGCUGCUUCCAUCAUCAAGGACGCCGCCGCCCACGGUUUGAAGGCCAAGACCUUGUACACUGUCUCGCCAGGUUCCGAACAAAUCAGAGCCACCAUCGAGAGAGAUGGCCAGCAAGCCACCUUUGAAGAGUUCGGUGGUGUCGUUAUGGCCAACGCUUGUGGUCCAUGUAUUGGUCAGUGGGACAGACAGGAUAUCAAGAAGGGCGAAAAGAACACCAUUGUUACUUCCUUCAACCGUAACUUCACUGCCAGAAACGAUGGUAACACCGCCACCCACGCUUUCGUUGCCUCUCCAGAAAUGGUUACCGCUUACGCUAUCUCCGGUGACUUGGGUUUUAACCCAAUCACUGACAAGUUGGUUGACUCCGAAGGUAAGGAGUUCAAGUUGGCCAUCCCACACGGUGACGGCUUGCCGCAGCGCGGCUACGAUGCCGGUGAAAACACUUACCAGGCUCCACCAGCUGACAGAGCUGCUCUCAAGGUGUCUGUCUCCCCAGAAUCUGACAGAUUGCAGGUUUUGACUCCAUUCAAGCCAUGGGACGGUAAGGAUGCCGAAAAGAUGCCAAUUUUGAUUAAGUCUGUUGGUAAGACCACUACCGAUCACAUUUCUAUGGCCGGUCCAUGGUUGAAGUACAGAGGUCACUUGGAGAACAUCUCUAACAACUACAUGAUUGGUGCCACCAACGCUGAAAACGGUGAGGCCAACAAUGUCAAGAACUUGUACACUGGCAAGUACGACGGUGUCCCAGCCACCGCCCGUGCCUACAGAGACGAAGGGAUCAAGUGGGUUGUUAUCGGUGGUGAAAACUUUGGUGAAGGUUCUUCCAGAGAGCACGCCGCCUUGGAGCCAAGAUUCUUGGGUGGUUUCGCCAUCAUUACCAAGUCCUUCGCUAGAAUCCACGAAACCAACUUGAAGAAGCAGGGUUUGUUGCCAUUGAACUUUACUGAUUUGUCCGCUUACGACAAGAUCAACCCAGAAGAUCAGGUUGACAUCAUCGGCUUGACCGAAUUGGCCCCAGGUAAGAACGUUACCUUGGUUGUCCAUCCAAAGGAUGGUUCCGCCACCUGGUCUACUCCAUUGUCUCACACUUACAACGCUGAGCAAAUCGAGUGGUUCAAGGCCGGUUCUGCUUUGAACAAGAUGGCCAAGAACUAAGUUUGACUUGUUCUGACCGUUUGUCUAUAUUAUAUAGUUAUUUAUUUUAACCAACAUUCUCUUACAGCGUUUGUAAACCAUUGGGACUAG